AUGGACCAAAUUAGCGAGAAAAACAAACGUUGCGAUGAAAAGAAGGAGAGGAAGAAAAUCCAUUGCGCCAUCCCAAAAUUUAUUUUAAACAAUGAGUUGUUGCAAAAGGCUAUAAAAAAAUGCUUCCCAGAAAAUUACAAUUUCGAAAUAUAUAAAUGCAUUGACAUAAUCUUAAGGGAAAAAUUUAAGAACAUCGUUUUGCAGUUACCUGAAGGUUUGCUCAUUUGGGGAUUGUACAUUUCAGAAAUUUUAUAUUUUUUUUGUGACUGUGUGGAAGACGUUAUUAUCCUUGGGGACGUGACCUAUGGUGGAUGUUGCGUUGAUGAUUACACAAGUGAAAAGUUGAAGUGUGAUUUGAUCAUUCAUUAUGGCCAUUCCUGUUUGGUGCCUUUGACUGUAACCAAAAUACGAUGUAUUUACGUUUUUGUGGAUAUAAAAUUAAAUUCUUCCCAUUUGGUAGAAACCAUAAAAAAAAAUUUUAACAAAAGUGAUAUUAUUUUACUCCUUGGCACAAUACAAUUUUCUUGUCUUGUACACAAUGUUCAUAACAUUUUAAAGAAAGAAAAUUAUUUUGACCUUUUUUUGCCCAUCCCACAAGUGCUUCCCCUAACCAAGGGAGAGGUACUCGGAUGCACGUCCCCCAAUCUUUAUCGCGUCCUCUAUGAGCACGUUGUGAGAGAAGGACAAGGGGGGAGUCUGGCGGGGGAGGAGGAACAGAAGUCCAGUCAACAUGGCCGCUCACCAAGUGCGAUAGCAGAAGGGGAGAAAUAUCCCUCUGGAGACAUUCCCUCACAGGAACACAACGAUACCUAUCACAGUGAACAGUUUAUUAUAAAUGAGUGCAAAAAAUUUUUACAGAAAAAUCAAGUCAAAAUUGUUUUCAUAGCAGAUGGGAGGUUUCAUUUGGAAAGUCUGAUGAUACACAAUCCUGAUUUCUCCUUCUACCGAUAUAAUCCAUUUAAUAAAGUAAUAACGACGGAAAAAUAUAAUCACUCCCUUUUUCACGAGAUAAGAAAAAAUGAAAUAAAAAAAUGCUCCAAUUGCAAAAGUGUGUGUAUUAUUUUAAGUACUUUGGGAAGACAGGGAAAUGUAAACAUUUUACAAAACAUUUUAAAUCUGGUCAAACAAAAAAAAAUAUAUUUUUUUAUCCUUUUAUUGUCAGAAAUAUUUAAUGAAAAAUUAGCCUUGUUCAAAAAUGUGGAUGUGUUUAUACAAAUAGGAUGUCCCCGGUUGUCCAUCGACUGGGGCAAUUACAAUUCGAAACCUCUUUUAAAUAGUUAUGAGGCUUAUGUUUUUUUGCAGGCAGUUAAAUAUAAAGAGAUAUACCCCAUGGACUACUACGCCAGCUCGGGGAACGAGUGGACUAACUACGGCGCUGGGAUUGGAGACAUAAGUGAGAAAAACCUCUCCAUGCGCGAAGUCAUUCGUCGGCGUAUUCAGCUGCGAAAAAGCAAAAUUAGCAUUCGAUAUCAGUAA